AGGAUUUCUUACGUUACAAUUGCACCACUUAUUCGGACGAGCAUGAAUAAAUAGAUUCAACUUUCACUUACAUGCUACCGUGGAUAAAAGUCUCGCACACUGCUGUUUGAGACUUUCUUGGCCUAGGAAGACAUUGGGAAAACCAUGGAUUCGGAGAAAGGCCUCCCUCUUCAUCGCAACCUCGAUCGAGUCCCAAGAAAUGUGCGCCCAGUACAAAAAGCCGGCAAGACAUUUGUACUCCUCGCAUCUCUUUUGACUUUACUUUACUGCUACGCCGAGUUUGCCUCUCUUUCAUACGGUCAUCAUCAUCAGACGAUCACAGUUCCCUUGCAUGCACAGGAAACCCUUGUUAAAUGCCGUGCACUAAACACGCGACCAGGAGCAUCUACCAACGAACGUUCGCAAUCAGACAGGUUCCAGCCAGGGACAAACCCAAUAGUCAUUCGUAAUGCCUCUAUCUGGACUGGCUUGGACAAUGGUCUCGACGUGCUGCAGGCAGACUUGUUCUUGGACAAGGGUCUCAUCAAGUCAGUUGGAGAAAUUGACCUAACCAUACUUGCGAAGGAUCGUACAAAGGAAAUCACGGUUAUAGAUGCCCACGGAGCUUGGUUGACCCCAGGAAUAGUUGAUGUGCACUCGCACAUUGCAGUUGAUGCUGCGCCUGCACUAUCAGGUGCAAGUGAUGCCAACUCAAUGAAAGGGUUGACUUUGCCUUGGUUGCGCUCAGUUGACGGCCUAAACACCCACGAUGAUAGUUACGCUCACUCGAUCGCAGGAGGUGUAACUACUUCGUUGAUUCUUCCGGGCUCAGCAGAUGCUAUCGGCGGGCAAGCAUUUACUAUUAAACUGCGUUCCACACAAGAACGAUCUUCGUCGUCUCUCUUGGUGGAGCCACCUUUCGGGUUAAAUGGCUCAGAUGUCGAUUUAGAAGUCCCUCCUAGAUGGCGUCACAUGAAGCACGCGUGUGGAGAGAACCCUUCGCGAUCAUAUUCUGGGACACGAAUGGAUACUGUCUGGUCCUACAGAGAAGCGUACAAUCGAGCACGCCAGGUCAAGAAUUCUCAAGAUGAAUAUUGCUCCAAGGCUCUUGCGGGGGAUUGGACCGGUCUUGGAUCAUUCCCAGAAAACUUUCAGUGGGAGGCCCUUGUUGAUGUUCUAAGAGGAAAAGUCAAAGUUCAUACUCAUUGCUAUGAAGCUGUGGAUUUCGAUGCCUUCGUCAGACUAUCCAAUGAAUUUCAGUUCCCUGUCGCAGCAUUCCAUCAUGCUCACGAGGCUUACCUUGUCUCAGAUGUUCUGAAGAAAGCAUACGAGCACCCGCCUGCUGUCGCUAUGUUUGCCGCAUUUUCUCGGUAUAAACGCGAAGCUUACCGGCACUCCGAGUUCGCGCCUCGACUAUUGCACGACGAUGGCAUCAAAGUCAUCAUGAAGAGUGAUCAUCCUGCUAUCCAGUCUCGUUACCUCCUGCAUGAGGCACAGCAGGCUCACUAUUACGGUUUACCUGAAAACGUUGCACUGGCUUCAGUCAUCAGCACUGCUGCAGAAGUACUUGGAUUGGACCAUAGGCUGGGAUACAUCAAAGAAGAUGUUGUUCUCUGGGACAGUCAUCCCCUCGCCCUAGGAGCAACUCCCUUGCAAGUCAUUAUUGAUGGUAUCCCACAGAUAUCUUCUCCUCAUGCAUCGAUCAAGCCCGCUUCCCUCCAAUCUUCACCCACUACCCCAGAUUUCGAAAAAGAAGCUGCAGACGCGAUUAAAUACGAAGGUCUCCCACCUCUGGAGCCUUCGCGUACGGUAACAGAUUUAGUGAUUUUCUAUAAUGUAUCGAGUGUAUGGACGCGAGAAGCUGGCACUGUACAGGCGGCAUUCGGGGUCCAAGAGGGCGAACCUAAGGGCGUGGUUGUUGUCGACAACGGACGAAUUGUCUGCGCGAACGUGCUGGAGGCCGCUUGUGCUUCUUACAUGCUAUCAGGCUCAGCUCAGGUCGAUUUACAGGGUGGAUCUCUUGCGCCUGCCCUUGUGGCUGCAGGUUCUGCGAUCGGAUUGCAAGACAUUGCCGGGGAACCGUCCACUACGGACGGCACUGUCUAUGAUGCUAUGAAAAGCAUACCGAGUGUUGUUGGUGGUGAUAGCAGUAUCAUCAAAGCAAUUGAUGGUUUACAAUACGGCAGUCGCGAUGCAUUGAUCGCUCACCAUUCUGGUGUGACGACCGCGAUCACUGCGCCAACUUCGGACGGACUGCUUGGAGGGCUGAGUGCUCACUUUUCUUUAGGAUCAGCUCAUAGACUCCAGCAGGGUGCUGUCAUCAAUGAUGUAGCUAGCGUACAUGUAAAAAUCAGGCACGUAGGAGAGCCCAGCGUGAGCACACAAAUCGCCGCUCUGCGCCGACUCCUUCUGGAACCUCAAGGCGGAGAAAGAGGCGAGUGGUUGAAACAAGUCACAAAGGGAGAGAUACCUCUGGUAGUGGACGUUAAAAGUGCAGACAUCAUCGCGACCCUUCUAGUUCUGAAGAGAGACGUUGAAGCCGCUUCUGGCACUCCCAUCAAAAUGACCCUCUUUAGAGCGGCGGAAGCACACCUUCUCGCCAAAGAGAUUGCGGAGGCAAACGUAGGCGUAAUUGUGACGCCUCCAAGGUCAUUCCCAUAUACAUGGGAGGGGCGACGCAUUUUAUUAGGACCACCUGUAACAGAAGAAACGGUCGUCUCUGUACUCACCUCUCACAACGUCACUGUGGGGAUUGGUCCGCAGGGCGUUGAAGAGGAAGAGCCAAUGGCAGGUUGGGCAGUACGGAACUUGAAGUGGGAUGCAGCUUGGGUGUCUAUUGGUUCUCAUGGGGAAAUAAGCAAAGCCCAGGCGUUAGCAAUGGCAUCCACCAAUAUCGAAACAUUACUUGGUGUGCAGGUUAAUCCCAUCGACGGAGAUAUCGUGGCGACAAGUGGAGGAGACCUUCUUAGCUUCGAAGGGAAAGUUGUUGCUAUUGUUUCACCCCGGAGGGGCCUGGUAGACAUAUUGUGACAGAGGGGACAGCUAUCCUAUUAGAAUGACAUCUACAGAAACAUAGGAGAAGAUGGGUUAUGAAUUGUUCAUCUCGAUGAGUAGUGUUAGCAUUAUAUCAGUGCAAUGUAAAUAGAUGUACGAUGCAAUAGUACAAGUGUAUUCGAGCUUCGAUGGUAUUACAGGUUGCUCUUCCCUAUAUUUCAAAGUUCGUUCCUGUUGGGGGAGACAACCUCACCCAGGCGCUCCCACAUCUGCAGAAACACACCGAGGCAGCCCAUAGUCCGCUUCUUGCAAACCUCAAUCAAAUAUUGCAGUUGGAAUUGCAACCUGUUAAU